UUCUGCUUGAGUAUUGUAUUGUGUUCAUGUUGUUCUUCUCGUCUUGUAUUCUAUAAUCAUUGUUGUGUUAUUGAUGUUUAUGUUUUAUGUGUAGUAGAGCUUUUCCCUUGUAGCUUAGUAUAUUUGUGUCUCCAAAAUGUCUUCAAGAGGUAUAAAAAAGAGACAAAAACCCAUAUCUAAAUCUCAGAGAGCUAAUGUUACAUUUCCUGUUGGUAGGAUGAAGAGGUUCUUGAAAAUGGGUACUCACCGGCUGCGCAUUGGAAUUGGUUCUCCAGUUUAUAUGGCUGCGGUAAUCGAAUAUUUGACAGCGGAAGUGUUGGAACUUGCGGGAAACGCUGCUCGAGACAACAAAAAAGGACGAAUUACUCCUCGUCAUAUUUUAUUAGCUGUUGCGAAUGAUGAAGAAUUGCACUGCCUGUUGAAAAACGUGACCAUAGCGUCUGGAGGGGUUAUACCUAAGAUCCACCCUGAGCUGUUAGCGAAGAAGAGAGGUGGAAAGUUUGUGCUUGGAAAUAACAUGCCACUAACAGUACCAUACAAAAAAGCCAUUGCCACUAAACCCGUUAUUCAUAAAAAGCAGGUGGUGGCUGUACAGAGCAAUCCUUCAUCUCCUGCCCCACCCUCGCCUUCCGCUGCAAAAGUGAGAGGAAAGAUAGGGAAGGCCAAAGAUGCUGCAGCAGCAUCUCCCUCUACUCCCUCUGUCACUAUUCUCUCUGAGAAGAAGCUAUUUCUGGGACAAAAGCUGACGCUAGUGCAAGGGGACAUCACUGUGAUGUCUUCUGAUGCCUUGGUGCACCCGACAAACGCUGCUCUGACGAUGAUGGGUGAAGUUGGCCAGUCUUUAGAAAAGAAAGGUGGCAAGGACUUUUUACAAGAAAUUCAGUCUCUCAAACAAACACACGGGAGUUUGGACAUAGCUGAAGCUGUUAUAUGUGCGGGUCAUAAUUUCACUGCAAGGUGGGUGAUCCAUGUCAACUCACCGGGGUUCAAUGAGGCAGAUUCGCUGGACAAGCUGGAGAGAGCAGUGCGGAAUUGUCUGACUGUGGCUGACCAGAAGAACAUCAAAUCCCUGGCUUUGCCAGCCAUUGGAAGUGGCAGGGCUGGAUUCCCCAAACAACAGGCUGCCAACACUGUCCUACGAUCGAUCUCAAACUACUUCUCAUCCACACUGUCCUCUUCCGUGAAGCAGAUCUUCUUCGUGCUAUGGGACAUGGAGAGCAUCGGUAUCUACACGGCCGAACUGGCCAAGUUGGACUCAUAGGUUUAACUUUCUACUGUUGGCCAAUACUGGGGGUCAAUGCUAGGGAUGUACAGGGUGUGGACCAACUGUUGCUACUGCCGUCACAUUUUUUAGUUGCUCACCACACCCUGUGCACAAUGUGCAUUAGUUGGUUCAUUUUAAAAUUUCAAAUCUAAAAGUAAAUAAUAUUUUUUCAGGGUCAAUAAAAGCUAAAAUUGGAAUAAAUUUUAAAAUGAAGCGAGCUAGGGACUAGAUUGUCUUAAGGUACUUGUAACUAAACAUUAGAGAUUUCACAAUACAUUGAGAGCAUUCACAGUGGGGAUCCAUCCGCUACUCGAGCCGUGUGUCUUUCAUCUUCUAAGACAAAUAGUUUGUAGAUAAGAAAGAGAGCUUUCCAAUAAUUAUUAGACUGGCUUUAAGUCUCUUCCAUUCGAUUCUUAACUCAUAAAGCUCCUGGUCUGUUUUCUUAAAUUAAAGAUUUAAAUGUUUUAGUAUAAAUGUUUGUAUCUGCAAAAGGAGCCAGAGUGAGAUAAAUAAAUACAAAUGUAUCCCUGACUUCCCAUGUUGGCCAAAGAGACAUGGAUCUCUCCUAGAGCGCUUGAAGGUCUCAUGUAGGCCAGUACCAGAUGACCAAUAGGUUACUGUAGUCUUAUUGUCUCUUUUCUUACCUUAGUGUUAAUUGUUGCAUUUAGGAGAUACCAGUUUAGUUCAAUGUACAACUCAGUGUACGUUUUAUCAGUUAAAUGUAACAUUUGUGAGAGUGAUAGUUAGUGCCAGUGCUCUAAGAAUUUCUAACUACAUUUUUAAAUGUAGCCAAUUAUUAAAAAAAUAUGGUUAAUUAUAUUUUGUUUUGUGAAUAUGCCCAAUAGUAAUAGAAUAAAAUAUUUUAAUGGUUUAAUAUAUUCCAAUUAUGCACUCUUAAUUCUUCUGUAAUACUAUAGAUAAAUAUAUAUUAGUUUUUUAUCAAUUUAUGAAUUUAUAUAAAAAAUUAGGAAAAAUAAAUUUCAAAUGGGAUUUAUAAGAGAUGUCAGUUAUCAGAUUGUAUUAAUGAAAAUAAAAAAAUACAAUAACCCAUAAAUAUUAAAAUAAUGAUUCAAGGGGAAAACAUUAAUUUAAAUUUCUACGAAUUUGAUCUAUAAUAUGUUUUGAGCCAUUGUGCUCUUUAAUUAAGUUUGUUUACAUUUUCUGUUAUAAAGAUUAUUGAGCUUUUGACAAAAUAUCUAAUAUGUAAAAUAGUGUUUUGUAAAACAUCUCUAUUUAUUUCAGCUAUUCUGUAAUAGGUAAACAUUACAUUUUAUUAUUUUCACAUAACAGUUUUUUUUUUAUUUCAACAAAUGAAAUUUAUAUUGUGGUUUGAAGGCAUAUAAAAUAUUAAUUUUUUGAUUUUUUUCUACCUUGUAACUGUUAAAAUAUUUUGAAUUAAUUUAUUUGUUAGUUGCUGUACAAAAUAAUACAAACGCACAAUCAAUAACAUCUUUAACAUGUUUCAAAGUAACAAUUAAGGCAUGUCUUGUUAUUCAAGUAUUUAUAAUGAGAGUAAAGUAUUUAAUACUAGAAAACAAUUUAAACAAUAUAAAUUUUUACUAUGUUAUUGGUUUGUAAAUAAAAUUAAAUACUACAGUUAAUUUUUGUGUUUGACAUUUUUUAAAGAAUAAGAUUAUGAAGUCUUCAUUCAAACUGGUGGUGAUUAUAAUCUAUCAAAUACAUAUCUGUAUUUUUUAAAUAGGAAAAUUUAAAGCCAGACUGAGAAGUAAAAGAGACUAUUACUUAAGUAUUUCACACUUAAGUCAUCCAUUACGCACAAUCUACGCACAAUACUUUACUAUGGCACAAUUCAUUGUGUAUAACGCACAAAGCAUAUCAAAACGCACAAAUGAAUGUUUUUAACCAACGCACAAGUCUAAGAAAAUGCACAAAAUACAUUAGUUAGUACGUAACAUUUGGUGCAGUUGUUUAAGUAUCUUUUAAGGGGAUUUUUUUUGUAAAUUUUGUUAUAUUGUUUGAAUUGUUGCAUCCUAUGAUAGUUUAACAUUGAGAAUUUUAAGCUUUAUUUGAACCCUUUUAGGACCAAAAGGCAGUUACUGGAUAGUAACAGUUUUAUGCCAUUAAAAUACCCACAAUCAGCCAAAUUCCAAAAUAUAACUUUCCAUGUACAUACAAUUUAGUUUUUUUAUAGUAAAUAAUUUAGUUAAUAGAAAAAGUUAUUUAACAUAAAAUUUUUAAGUACCCCUUUGAUGUCCCAAAAUUUGCUUUGGAAAAGCCAUAUUGUAAUUUUUAUCAGUUGUAAAUCAAAUUGAAAAAAUUGUUUACUAAAUGAAUGAAUCAGUGAUAUUUGAGUUAUUUGUGCAUGUAUAAUACGAGUAUACAUUUUCAUAUUUUUAUUAAUUUUCUGGUUGGUAAAAACAAAUAAAUAUAUAAAAUAAUAAAUAUGGUUUCAUUUUACUAAAAAAGAAAGAGAAUUUUUGGGGAAACUUUUGGUUAUAUUAAAAUUUAAAAAAUAUACUGAGUUAUUAAAACUAUUUUUCUAAGACUUAAAAUAUGCAUCACAAGCUAUUUUCUGUAUUAUAACAAACAAUAAGUGCCAACGUAUAAUUUUUCAUCAGGUCCUGAAAGGGUUGUAAAAUCUGUUACAAAUGAAAUAUACAUUUUAAAAUUUUACUCCUUUGGAUAAUUUUGACAUUGAAAGUCCCAGUUUUUGUUGCCCAUAAAGUAGUAGUAUAGGUGAUUUGGUAAAUCUGAUAAAACGCUUUAGCUUUUGUACUCAAUAUUAAGGUGACGUUCCUUUGUUGGCUGUCCUGUAUAGUACUGAGGGGAGACAAUACUACAACUCUGUGUCAGGAGGAGGUGUCUCGUAAAGCUGACUGUCACACAAAGGAGAUUCGCACAAAAUAAACAGUAACAAACGCACAACUUUGCACAAAUAUUUUUGUAUCAACAUAGAGUCUUUAUGUUGUUUUUAUUAGGAACAAAUAUAAAUUCACUAUUAUAUUAAUAGUGUUUUGGGAAAAUUGUUAUUUCUGAUAAGAACCCAUUAUCAAAAAUUGAUUGAUUGGUCAAAUAUAUAAACAAUUAAUUACAGAAUUAUUACAUAAUCUGUUCUUUUUUUAAACAAAUAAGUAGGUGCUAGCAUAUGGAAUCUACUUUGUGUUUUAGCACAACUUAUAAUGAUUUUAUUUACUAUAUAUUCCUGUUUUGUUUACAACUUUCUUUUUCUCUCAUUACCCUUUAACCAUAUUUAUUGCUUUUUUGUCUAUUGUUACAAUAUUAAAAAGAUUUUCACUUAAUGGAUUAUUGUAACACUUAAAAAAAAUUAAUGCAAUUGGUAACUUUAUAUGCGAAAUAUAAAAGAGUGUAUAUUAAUAUUGUUCAAUUUUAAUUUAGUAUUUACGUGUCUUUUUAAUCAUAGUCAUGUUGGGUGUUUAGUAGCAACAUUUUUACUCAGAGAAUAAGAAGUGUAGACUGAGAAAGGGAGUUUAAAUUUUCAGUAACAUUGUUUUUGUUUUUUUUUUACGUUAUUUUUAUACAUAGAUAUGUUCAUUACUUUUGUGUACCCUCUUAUGCUUGCUACAUUACAGGUGUACACUUUCUUUAAUCUUAAAUUCUACUACAACACAAUUAAUGAGUUGAAUACUUGCCUACCAUACCAUAAUAUAAUAUUCAUAUAUUAUUCAUAUAAUUUUGUUAGAAAUCUUCACUGUGAAGUACCCUUAAAAACAAAAUAAAUAUAAAAAUAUGCUUUCUUACAUAGAGUAUUUACAAUAUUUCAAAAUAUUAUAUAUAUAAAACAUUAAGUCCUUUUUAAUUUGACAUGGUCAAAUACUUUUUACAACAGUCAACCAAAAUUGUGAUGGAAGGGUAUUUGGCUGGAUGAAAUAAAAAGUUUAAAACUGAUAACCUUAAAUGUUCAAAGUUAUUGCAAAUAUACACGUUGACGUGUGUUAUAAAUAUUUUGUAAUUAGGUUAAUUAACAGCCCUUCUCGUUAGGCAAGAAUAUCUCUGAAAUUGGUUUUUACUUUGUACAUUCUAUACAAAUGUGAGGUAGUGCACUCUUUAGUGGACUAGAUCCAGUUUUCAUAAUUUCUCAAAUACAGUACAGUUAUGUCUAUCUGAACCAAGCAAACAGUACUCAAGAAUAUGUAUACACACUUACUGUUAUCCUUAUCAGUUUCAGUUUCUGUAGGGAGCCAUCGUCAACUUUCAAGGUGUGGUGAAAACAAGAGACUGUUUAAAUUCGUUAUUCAGCUUUUUUGUUGAGUUAUUUAUAUCUUACAGUGAGAUACAUUAAUAUUUUUUAGUACAUUAUAUUUUAUACUAUCUAAAGUAUUGUUGAGUUUAGCUCCAGUUUACCUUCCUCUUAAGUGCAGCAUCUGAAAUCUGCAGGGGUUCGUUUUGAGCUUCUUCGUUUUUUGUCACCGACUAUUGUUGGAUCCUUCAGACGAGCAUGACUCCAGAUUUCAGGAGUCAAGUAUCCAACAGCAUCAGAUUUCAGAUGCUUCACUGAAGAGGAAGGUGAACCGGAGCUAAACUCAACAUUCACAUGGAAUCACCCCUUCCCACCAUAGCUGCAUUAUGUGUAUAGUAUUGUCUUGGGCUUUUACUGCACUGCCAAUCAAAUCUAACUUAAAGGUAAAAACAAUUAUGUAAAAAUGUGAUAUUGCUCAUUGAGAUAUUCUUGUCUGCUAGGAAGUUUUUGGAGACACUGCAUAUAGAUUUUUGAAAUUCUUUACUUUUCUUUAAGUUAUUUAAAUUUUUUAAUAUGAACUACAUUUUAGUUGUUUUUUUAUGUUUUAGAGCACUGGUAAUUUAGAAAAAAUUUGUAGAUAAUGCCUUGUGGAUGUACAAUUUUUCAAUGUUCUUCACAAACCUGUUCCAACCUGUGUGCUGAGUUUAGGGGGGUUUGAUGAGAUUACUUUAGUGCAAUCAAACAGUGAUUGAUUUCUUCAUCAGUUUUAUUAUCGAUUAAUGUACUAAUUUUUCAGUACUUAGUGUUUUAAGUAGAUUUUAAAAUAUUUUAGAAUUUAUUAAGUAUUGCAUUUAAUUAAUAUAAUUGAUAUUGUAUUUUGUUUUGUUUUAAAAAUUCCAAUUUAUAUAAAUAUAAUAUAUAUAUAAAUAUAUUGAUUACAAUAUAAGUUAUGAAUUAGUUAAUCUUAUUUGUUGAAGUUUUUGAGGAAAUUUUAUUAGUUUUAUGUUACAUAUGAUCUUUGUAACCUUAGUUGAAUUAUUAUGGUUGUUUUCAUUUCUGCUGUUGAUGUUUGUGAUAGUAUUUGUUCAAACAGAUGUUAUAAACAAACUGUAUGACCUGUAAAAUUAGCCUUUUCUAAACGUUGUAUCGUGAAUCAACUGACACAUUUUAUGUAAAUUUGAUAAAACAUUAGAAUUGUUGCGAGAUACUGAGCUCUUUUAACUAUGAGUGCUUAGCUGCAAUAAUCUCUCCUUUUGAACCUUUUGAAUCUCUCAUAUUUACCACAUUCUGUUACAGACAUUAAACAAAAUUAUGAAAUUAUUAACUUAAUGAGUUGGUAUCAUGUUUAUGUUGAUAAAGAAUUGUAACCAAUUUAUAAAAGGAAAAAUGUAUGAGACUGGUAAGCAUUCAGGCAAUUAUCAUUUGUGUAUAGAUUUUUACCUGAACUGUUAACAUCUUCAUACUGAGCGAUAGUGAGUACUUUUUACUAUUCGUAUGCACUAGGGUGUCUAUUCCAGUCAAUGUGUUAUAGAUGAACUAUGACUUGGUUAAUGAAGGUUGUCAACAUGUAAGAAAAUUCAAUACCCAAAGAAUGUUUAAAAGAAAACUACAGGGUGGGGCAGGGAAGUAUCCCUAACUUUGAAGGUAAAUUAAAAAAAAACGAAAAGUGUUAGAACAAAACUUUAUUGUGGCAUCAAAAGGGUACAGAUGGAAGUUAAUUCUUACUUUGUUUUAAACAAUACAUCAUUCAAGUGAUGUCCCUCAUUGUCAACACACUGAUCUAGUCUGGUUCUGAAGUUCUGCAUAACUCUGCGAAGCAUUUGUUAUGUUGCAUUUGUUUGUUGUUCGCGGGCAACUUCAACGCGAAUUGCAUCCUUCAAGUCUUGUAGGGUUCUGGGUCGAUGUUUAAACACUUCACUCUUGAGGUAUCCCCAUAAAAAGUAAUCACACGGAGUUAAAUCCGGCGAGCGCGCAGGCCAUGGAAUGUCACCAUACCGGGAGAUUAAUCGCCCGGGGAACAUUUCCCUCAAAACAGCCAUCGAAUGUCUAGCAGUAUGGGCUGUGGCACCAUCCUGCUGAAACCACACUACUCCAAAAUUAUUCUGUUGCAAUUGUGGUGCAAGAAAUUGUUGGAGCAUGUUUACAUACCGCUCGGAAUUGAUGGUAACACAACGAUUGUCCUCCUCGAAGAAAUAAGGCCCAAUUAUGCCUUCACUGCUGAUUGCACACCAAACAGUCACUUUUUCACUGUGUAGAGGCCUCUCAUGAACUACCCUAGGGUUUGCACCACUCCAAUAACGCAUAUUCUGCUUAUUAACAACUCCAGAAAUGUGGAAGUGCGCUUCGUCACUAAACAAAACUCGUGCAUCAUGAGGCAAGUCAGCAAUUAAAGUUUCACAUGCCUGUACUCGUUGUUGCCAGUCCCGUUGUGUGAGUUCUUGAACGAUGACCAUCUUGUAUGGAUGGAAGUGGAGUUCUUCGUGGAGAAUACGACGCACAGUGCGAUUAGACAAUGCAAGGGCGGAUGCAUGCUUGCGGGCAGAACGCUUAGGAGACUGCAAGAUCGAUCUUCUGACACGGUCAAUGUUUUCUGGAGUUCGGACAGUUCUCCGAGCCCCAACUCUCUUUUUCACUACACUACCACAUGCACGGAAGUUUUCCACCCACAACAAAAUGGAUUUGCGGUCAGGAACAGGGUUGCGAGGGGGAAUCCGAUAACGAGUUCGCAGCGCACGCUGCACUGCAACAAUAGACUUAUUCUGAGAAAAAUACGUCUCGACAGCAAAAGCGCGUUGCUCAUUCGACCAAGCCAUGUCUACAACUGACAGCGCUACUAUCGGAAAAUUCCGUGGCCACAGCGUCAUUCGAACCUACCCCCACUCCUCCAACAUGUCCCCACUACUCACUAUGCCACCUCGAAAGUAGGGAUGUUUCCCUGCCCCACCCUGUAAAACUAAAAAUGUUUAAACCUUGACAUUUUUUGCUAUUCUGAAACUCCAUAACUCCUGAGUUACACUGUCUGGUAUUGGGAAUUAUGCCACAACAUGCUGCUGUAAGGUGUGGGCGUAAACGUGACAUGCUCAUAUUUGAAAGAGCUCUGUAAAAAUUAGGAAAGCUUUAGGAAGUGAAUGUUAAUAAAGGUUGCUGUCUUGUAUCAAAAUUGUUUAGUUUACCAAACACAGUACCUUGUAAUACACAGCAUUGUGUCAUAGAGAUUCUCAGGGUGUUAUGAUUAUUUCGAACCUUUUAUAUUUUCUGCUCAAAUGUAGGUCCUUAACACGAUAACCUCAUUUCUAGUUGUGCUCAAUCCUAAUCUAUUAUCUAAGUAUUGUAUUUUAGCUCAGAGAUUAUGAUUCAAUGUUGUAGUAUAAUAGAUUUUAGGGGAAAGACAUGUAAAAAUUGACUUAAAAGAAGAAAAAUUUGUAAUGUGAUUAUUAUAUUAUAAGUCCAUUAACCAAGGAACGUAAUUCUUGACUCGGGCAAAUAUUUCUUACUAUUUAAUUGUUGUACUAACAAAUAAAAUUUAUAAAUGGUUUAAAGAUUAGUAAAAAUCAUGUAGCACACAAAGUGAAAUGAGUGAAUUGUAUGUUUUAAAUUGAACAUUGAGAUUAUUUUGGAAAAUGCACAUCAAAUUUCUUUUUGAAACCAAACCUUUUUUGUAAAAAAUCAUGUCAGCAUCAUUUUUAUUCUGUUUUAAUCGCAUAAUGAAUUUUUAAGUUGUAAAAAAUAAAAUUGUUUUAAAUUUUUUAAUAUUGUUUUACAUAUAGUAAAUGUAGUACAUACAAGAUUGUUUUUCAUAAGUACAAAAAAAAUAAAAGUGUUGAUUACAGAACAGCGCACAAUGAUCUGAUUGCAGGAUAUCUGCAUUUCUUUAGUCUUGGGCAAUAAAAUUAGUGCCACAUACCUGAAGGAAAAUAUAGAAAACUACCUAAAAUGAAUAUUCUUGAUCAUUAAUCUUCUGUUCUAAAAUUUGAUAGUUUGCAUAAUUAAAAUUGGGCUACAUAUCUCUUUUGUUUUGUAACAUUUGUGUUAUUAAAGUUACUGCAUUAAUUGGAGAUUUAAUUUUAUAAACUGGCCAUGAAAUAAAUAUUUUAACUAUUUUUCUUUAGUUGUUUACCAACAUUAGUUUCUAUGAUAUUUCUAUACAAAGUUUUAAAAUUGUAUAAAUAUUAAUAUUUUGUUGCCUAGGUCUGGUACAGUUGAUAUUUAAUCAUGUAACCUUUAUCUGUUAGUACUGUAAUUCAGAUAGCAGCAAUAAAAAUAAUAGUAAGGAGAAAGAAACAAGAAGGCACCUGAAGCCUACUAAAGCUGUUUGCAGGCCAGAUAGAUAUUUUGGUCUAUCACCUUUCUUUGUGCUUAUAUUUGUAAAAGUUCAAAGUCUUCACUUCGUAUUAAAAUAGCACUGUGCUGCAGAAUCUUGAGUAGUUAUUUUUAAGAUUUGAAAAUAUUUAUUUAGUUCAAAACUUUUUUAACACUAUUAUGCAUGAUUUGGUUAUUUAUUAGGAUGUAAUUAACUUACUGUCAAUCUUAAAAGAGGAACUCAAAUAGUAAUCAGAUCAGAUUUAUGCAUCAAGAAUGAAAAAGUAUGUGAAAGAUUUGAGGGUCGUCCAUAAUGGCGGCUGGACCCAUCUUAGUUUUUUUUUAAUCUGAUAGUUAUAGCUCAUCAUAUAAAUAUAAAUAAAAAUUAUACACCCUACUUGAACAUUUAAUACAAGUUUUGGAUGCAUAUUGAUUAUAUUUUUUAAACGAGACAUUUCACCUGAUUUUACAUAAGUUGUAAUCAGACAGAGCUGUCCUAAUGACCUCUGAGAUUGAUAGACAGCUAAAAAGACAAUAUUCAGUGUGUUCCAAAUUGUAUGCGCACGGAAGAGAUUUUGUGAACUAUAAGAAAUACUUUAGGCCAUUGGAUUUAAAAAAUUAUCGCUCACAAAGUUUGAACACUCAGAGCAACACGCAGUGUUGUAAUCAUAGAACGUGCGUGAUGCAGAGAAGAAGCUGUAUUGAAAACCUUUUUUGUUUAAAGCUACUUGUCAAUGGAGCUUUACAUUUUCAUUUCUAUUACAUAAAAUAAUUAAGUUAUUUAUUUUAUACCUUUUUAGUUAGAAUAAACUAAGUUGCAUUAAAAAUUUAAUUAGGCUCUUUUAACUAUUUUUAUACGAUUAUGAUACAAUUUGAAACUAACAUACUAUUGUGUUAAUCAGUCACAAAAAUUUUAGUAACAGUCAUUUUUAGACUAGUCUUGUUAUAUGAUUUCUAUGUUUUACUAAACAUAGCUGAUUCCAACACUGUGUGCAGUGAAAUAUCAGUCAGGUUUAUCAACCAUCUGAAAAGUCUAAUAAAGAUUUCAUUCAAAUAACCAUACAAAAAUUGUUAUUAUUAGUUAUUUGAUGAAACCUACAAGGAUAAUGUAACAUAUAUGGUAUUUUUUAAACCAAUUAAAAAUCUGCUUUCUAUUGAAUAGUUAAAAAAUGGGUCGCUGCAUUAACAAAUUUUACUUGAACCCUACAUUUCUUGCUUGCUGGUCUUGAAAAAUAGUUCAUUAUAAUAUUUAAAAACUAGAAUGUUCAUGCAGAUGUCAUAUUCAAAACAUUUCAAUAUUGGUACUAAUAAAGAUCCCUUCAGUGUGUAUAAUGUUUGGAAGAGACUGUAUAUAAUAUUAUUUACAUUUGGACAAAAAUAACUUACUUAAUGUGGUCCAUUUACAAUUUCUCCACAACCAUUUUAUUAAUGGUGCUUGUUAGUUGAAGAUUAAAUCUGUCUGUAACAAUCUUUUACCCAAUCAAAUAUUCCAUCAUAAAAAAUAUUCAGGGUAAGAAUUUACUACUUCUAAACAGGAUUUUUGUGUUAUAAAUGAUAAAUUAUUUUCACAGCCUCAAUGAACAUUUAUUUUAUCACAUUAAUUUAAACCAACAAAAUGUUAUAGUUUCCUAGAUUUUGAUCACGUUAUAAGACGUAAGAAUGAAAGUUGGGUUUGGUGCAUCUCUAUGUUUUGUCCUUUAAAUAUGCAAUAUAUCCAAGCUAGGAUACAUUUACUGUGGAAAUUAUGUUAGGCCAUUAAUAUUUUGUAAUUAUGGCAAAUAAUCAUUCCAGUCUUUAAUUGUGAUAUUUGAGUUAUGAAAGCUUGUUAAUUGAUGAAACUGUGAGCAAACGGAAGUUUUUGUUAGGUAUGUUAAUCUGUAUGGACUUUGUUAAUAAGCGUACCAUAUUUAAAAGAGUUAAAAAUUGAUAAUUUUUGUGCUAAUAUUUCUAUUGCAACAGAUUUAAUAUAGAUUUUUCUUUCAUAGAUGUACUGAAAUAUUAAUAAUAUUUUAUAUUUUGUUUUUUUAUAAAAUAUAUUUUACUGUCUUGAUUAUAAUAUGUUUGACAUUACAUAUUUGACAAGUUCACAAUACCAUGUAAAACUUGGCACUUCAUAAACAAAAUUUUAUAAAGCAAACACUGUACUUGUAUAAUUUGUUUUUAAAGCAUCUCUUUUCAUUGAUGGUUUAGUAUUUAUUAAAAACAAAUGAAUAUAACAAGUAAAAGUCUGGAAAAAUACUCUAAAAUGAUUCGUAAAAUCUGAGACGUCUUGGUUAUUAAGUCAGCUGUGACACUCAUAGAAUAGAGGGUUGAACUACUGGUUUUAUCGAGAGAUUGUUCUCUUCUAUGGAGUUUUUCUUGUGGGAGAAGGAGGUCAAUUAUUGUCAUCAAUUUUUUUGUCUUAAUAAUAAUUACAAUUACCAAACGCUUAGCAAUUGUGAGGGUAUUGGUACACCAUGACGCAUUCCUACACUACAUGAAAUGUGCCAUCGUGUUGUGAACUAGUUAUAAAAACCAUUGUUGCAAUCUCAAGAUUGUUUUGAGAUUGAUACAUUUAUAAGAUUUAAUACUGAAUAUAAGUAAUAUUGUAAUAGCAACUUACAGUUAUAUUUUGAUUUAAAAUUAACCGUGUUAAUUAAAGUGGACCAGUGCUAAAGUGGAGUUUUAUAUUUAAAACAUAUUCAUUUCAAUUAUUUGUUCAACUGAAUUUUACUUAUACUUUAUGUUGAAAAUAAAAGUAUUGUCCAUAAAGUAAUGUGGUUUUAUCAACUAUUAAGAGAUUUUGUUAGUCUUUUAAGAUUUAAAGUAAUACAACUAUUCAGACAAGAAAGAAACAUUUAGUGAAACAUUUGUAACACUAGCUUUGGAUAAUCUCACAUCCCAAAUUAUUGUACUAUGACAAGUUGGUAUUAUUGUAAAAUGGGGUUAAGUUUACUGUACAUGUCAGAGCUCGUUAGAUGUUAAUAAAAUGUGUCUGUUCUU